UCGGCGGCGACGAAGUUUCGGUGAGUUUCUCACGUUUCGAUUGCGUUCCGAUGUCACGCUCGCGUUCGCGAUGAAUACGGAAACUAAUCGUGAGAAACACUUCUUCUUCAAUACCCUAGCGAUUCUUCUGAAGGCCGUGGAGAAGCACCGGACGACGGUGGACUUGCGAAACGAAGCCACGAUCGUCGGCGUUGUCGAUCAUGCCGACGCAUACAUGAACGUCGUGAUGAAGGACUGCGUCUUCACAGACCCGCGCGGGGACUCCUUCAAGUUCGACAUGUUCUUCGUGCAGGCAAGGAACAUCCGCAGCGUCCACAUCCCAUUGAACAUACGGAUUAUCCCAGCUAUCAAGGAACAGUUAAAAUACCUGAAGCCACCAUCGAGGAGACCGACAUAUGAGAAACAAACUUUUAAAACAAAACGCGCCCAACAGAGACAACAGGAAGACCUUGCAGCUGUAGAUCAAAUUUUGGAAGAUAAGAAUACAGCAAAGGCUGAGACUACAGAAAACGAAGAUAAAUGAGAUUCUUGAAAAAAUAUAAUUUACUGUGAUUUUAAUGCAUUCGUCUUACGACAUUAAAUAAUAUUAAGGAUCGUACUUACAUACUUUUUUAUUGUUUGUGAUUUUACAGUUUAAGAUCAUCUUUAUUUUUAUUGAAUGUUUAUAUUUUGUGGAUUUAACAGCUCAACAUUGCAUUAUUUCAUAUUUUUGCCAUUUUAGUAUUUUUUUAAUUUAAAUUUUUGUUGUGAAAUUUCUAUUACAAAAGUAUUCAACUGCAUUAUUUCUAAAGAGGGAUUGGAUAAUGAAAUAUUCAUACAGCAAAAUUAAAUGAACGAAUGUUGUAUAUAAUAUGGUAAUAAAUACCCCUUUAUUCGAUGUAUAUCAUAA